UUUAGGAAACUUUUUGAUUUUGCGUGGUUGUUCUGUAAGCACCUUCUUGUAUUUGGAAAAUGGCAUCAUCCAGCCGGACACAAGUAUUGGCUUUAUACAAGACCAUGUUAAGGGAGAGCGAGAGGUUCAGCUCAUACAAUUACAGAACCUAUGCAAUCAGAAGGAUAAGAGAUGCUUUCAGAGAGAAAAGAAAUGUUGAUGAUUUUCACGAAAUACAGACUUUAGUACACCGUGCCAAUGAAAAUCUGGAAGUGAUUAAGCGUCAGGUCAUCAUUGGCCAGAUGUACUCCACUGAAAAAUUGAUUAUUGAAUCUUCUGGGAAACAGUGACUGGUGUAGAAGUUGCUACAUUUGCUGAUACCUGCAUUACUCUUCCAUAUCUGUUAAAUUCAUUGUCGCAGCUGUAUGUUAUCUUAUGAAUUCAGCUAUAGUAGAGGCCACUGCUAGAAUAUUCAGAAUCUGUGUCAAGUAGGAGGACCAUUAUGCCUUUACAUUUUGUUCUUAAACUAGUUUGACAAAAUAAAUUACAUGGAAACACUA